CGUUUCGACAUUAAAACUUUUGGUGUGAGCAAAGUAGCCCACUUUUGCAGAAGACGCGAUCCAACUAAGUUGUGUUUAAUUUGUUUGUCUAUCGAACCAAGUUUGUUUCACAAGUGAAUGUUGUAGCAUUUAGAUUAUCGUUUGCUAAAUUGAAGAAAAAAAGAAGAACAAAACUGAUUGCUUGUGGUUUGAAUUACAAAGAAAAAGCAAAACUACAAUUUGCCCCGCAAAAACAAUUAUUGUUGUAAAAUUAGCUGAUUCGAUUGGCUGUACCCAUCGUUGCUUCAUUCAUCAGAUAUUUUAUAUUUGACUGUUAAUACAUAUCGAGUGUGUAUUGAGCGGGUGAAGUGAGAAAGCAUUAUUUUUUCAUCUCUGAAAUAAAUACUUUGACCGAAAGCAAAAUGGCAACACAACAGCCUCAACCACAGCAGCAGCAACAGCAGCAGCAGCAACAGCAACAACAACAAGCACAGCAUGACGAAGGCAACUACAAUAAUGGCAAUUCGAAUGGAAAUGGAAAUGGCAACGAAGAAGAGUAUGUACGCGAACCCGAGCACAUUCGUAAAUUGUUCAUCGGUGGUUUGGAUUACCGUACAACGGACGAAUCAUUGAAAGCACAUUUCGAGAAGUUCGGCAAUGUGGUCGAUGUGGUUGUAAUGAAAGAUCCAAAAACGAAACGAUCACGUGGUUUCGGUUUCAUAACCUAUUCGCGCUCAUUUAUGGUUGACAAAGCGCAAGAUGCUCGGCCGCACAAAGUUGACGGACGUGUGGUUGAACCAAAACGUGCGGUGCCACGUCAAGAUAUCAAUCGUCCAGAAGCGGGUGCUUCGGUGAAAAAAUUAUUCGUCGGCGGUUUAAAAGAUGAGCACAGCGAAGAGGAUUUACGUGAAUAUUUCAGCGAUUUUGGUGCCGUUACAAGUGUCAAUAUUGUCAUGGAUAAGGAGACCGGCAAAAAACGUGGUUUCGCCUUCAUUGAAUACGAUGACUACGAUCCCGUUGACAAAGUUGUGUUGCGAAAAUCCCAUACAAUCAAAAACAAGUUGUUGGAUGUGAAAAAAGCAUUGCCAAAGAAUGAAAUGGACCGCAUGAACAACCGCGGUGGUGGCCGUGAUAUGGGCAUGGGAAUGGGCAUGAAUAACCGUGGUUUUCCACGUGGUGAACGCGGCAGCAGCGGUACCAAUUGGAGCAAUAAUAACCGCAAUAAUAAUAACGACAGUUGGAUGCAAAACAAUGCAUACAACAAUGGUGGCGGUUUCAACAGCAACAACAACGGAAACUGGGGUGGUAACAGUCAGCCAACGCCAUGGAAUAAUAAUUCCAGUAACAGCCAAGGCGGUCAUCAAGGCUGGAAUCAGAACGGUCCAAGCAACUAUAACCCAAAUCCAUCACACAACUAUCAAAGUAAUCCUGGAAACCAAAGCAGUGGUGGAAGUGGUGGCGGCGGCGGCUGGAGCAACAAUGACAGCUUUGGAUGUAACUAUCAGCAAGGCUUCGGCGGUGGCCCAAUGAGAUCAAAUUAUAAUAACCAACGAAGCAACCCAUAUGGAAACAAUAGCUGUCCUCCAAACAACUAUGGCUUCGGAAACAAUCAAAAUCAAAACGGUGGCGGCUACAAUCAAAGCUAUAACAGUGGACCAAUGGGCGGAGGAAACUUUAGUGGUGGAAAUCGAAGGUACUAAAAAGGAUGAAUGAGGUAUUAUUUGUGGAUUUAACUAUGUCGGCCGCUCCCGAACUCAAUCAAUGAUGCAGCGGGUAAGUACUUUGUGUUUAGCUUAACGCGAGACGCUUAACGUGACACAAGCUGAUUCAAUUAACGGCACGCGUUCGAUCAACAAGUGAAACGCAGAAGCGAUGACCAUUUGCACGGCGCAAGACACUUUUCAAACACUCGAUCGUUGCAUUGAUCAUUUAUGUCAAUUCAUGGGUUGAUUCAAUUCCUAAUUUGACAUAAAUAAUUCUGCUAAACUAGACGAAUGAAAGGUGAUUUACCCAUGGAAAAUGGUCUGCUUCACAGUUCUACUGGUGAGUAUCAACGAACUGAAAACGCAAGCUCAUUAACGUCCAUUCAUGAGUGUGUACAGUUUUUCGACUCGUCAAUUCCGCAUCACAAACGGUUUCGACACACUGCAAAAACUGUGAGAUUAACGAUUUCCAACUUACCCCACCUUUGAAAUAGACCAUAUUCAAGGUGACCAUUAAUGGCAAUUACAAACUGAACUAAUACCAUUUAUUUUUUGAAAAAACAAAUGAAAGAAAAAACACAACAAAAGAAAAAAUGUAGAAAAAAAAGUUUCAAUAAAAAAAAAUCAUUGAAAACUUUAAAAAAUGUUGUUUUAUUUGAACCAAAAAAAGAAUCCAUGAAAACCAAGCAGCCGCCUUCACUAGGUGUGCAUUCUGGUGUACACGGCUCUGGCAUUGAAGGCUCGGGUUCGAUUCCCGACAUUUGGGCUACGCAGUUUGGUCAGAGCAAUUCAUCAAAUCAAUUUCUCUUUCUUCACCUUCAUUUCGUUCAAUCAUCGUCUUAAUUGUUUUUUUUUUGGACUCAAUUCACUAGGCAAACAAUCUUUUGUGCAAACUAAGCAAACAAUCUUUUGUGCAAACGAUAUAUUCAAUGUAGGCCGACCAACGAAUCAAUUGAAGAAGAAUCCAUAAUGAGCAUAUUUCACUCGAUAUUUGGCCAUAAUGAUACAAACAUAAAUACACACACAUUAAAAAAAAAGAAUAAAAAGUAUGUAACUCUCGUGGUCAACACACAAAAUCAACGUUUCCUUGGCCCAUUUCAUUGUAUUCUCCAGUUUAAAUUACUAUUUUUUUUGUUAUCGUUGUUGUUGCUACUGCUUUUGCUGUUUGCGCAUCACUAAACUGCCCCACAUUUUAUUUUAUGUUGAAGAAAAUUGGAAGAAAAUGAUGAAUUCAUCGACGAACAUUGUCUACGUCCGUCUUAUUUACCUUUCCACACAGAGAGACGAACACAACCAAAUUGUGCUCGCGUGCUCAUUCCAAUUCAUUUUUAUUUAUGUUUUUAUACGAUGCAGUUUAUAGUCUAAUAUUAUCGUGUGGUUUUUAUCUCUUCCAAUCUUGAUAACGAAUGAUGAAUUUUACGAAAAAAAAAAUUACACCCGAAACGAACCUUCUUUUAUUCUACCUAAUUUACAACGGUCCCAAUGCCAUAAAUUCAUCCGACAAUAACAACAGCAGCAACAACAACAUCAAAACAACAUAUCUAAUGGUCAUAAAAAAAAACUGCUCAUUUCUGAGUACGAUUUUUGGUUGUUAUUGUUAUUUGUAUUAGCGGUAAGGAAUCAUUUAUUACAGCUCCUUUCAAAGCCAUUGCGUCAAUAAUUGUUUGUAUGCUCAUUUACUUGAUGAAUUUUCACAUUAAAUGGCAAUUGGAACGUUGCACAAUUUCAAUUCUAAUCAACUUUUUUAUAACUCCUUUCCCAUUCAUUGUUAUGAUAUUUUAACGGUCACAAACAUGCAUCUUAUCCAAUGUGACGGAGAAGUUUGUGACAUUGUUUGUUUCAGCGACUAAAUAAAUGUCAAAUUUCUCCGUUUUUGGGUUAAAUUCGUUUUAAGCAUGCCACUAAACAGGAGCAGAACAUAUUUAAUGUCAUUUUAUGAAACAUUAUUUACGGUUCAUUGGCGUGAUCUGUUGGUUCUGGAAUAGAACUGUGCCAUUUUGGCAGAAACCCUUUCAAAACACACUGUUUUCAAUAUGACUUAACUCCCCGAACAAUUUUUUUUUCCCUGAAAAUAUGUAAAAUGGACGCAACUGAAAUGAAUUUUUUCUCAUUUUUUAUUGCAGUUUUUUCACUUAUGCUAGGCGUUUGAAUAAAGAAUUAUAAUGAAAGUACGAAACUAAGGUCAAUCUGUAAAUUAAAAAAAAGUGAAAUUGAAAUAGAAUGCCCAUAUGAAAGAGGCGGUCAGUGCAUAAGAAUCACCAAAGUCUAAAGUCGAGUAAAUCCACCUCUAGCGAAGCAGCCAUAAUGUUCA